AUGGCAAACCCCGAAUUCACCAUUCUUACACCUAAUGCCAUGCUUGACUAUGGCUACAACUCGGACCACUUUUGGUACGGUAUCGAGAAAUACAGGCCCGCAGCCAUCAUCGUUGAUAGCGGUUCAACAGAUGGGGGGCCGUACAAGUUGGGCAUGAAAAAAACGACCUGUGGCAGAGGAUCAUAUGUCCGUGACCUUGAACCAAUUCUUGCGGCUCCGUCUCCAUGGGGCUUAAUAGGUGGCCUCCAUGAGACAUUAGACGGAUAUGUACGGAUCCACGACUCGUUCCCAAACCACGCGGAGGGAGCUUUAGCGCUAUUGGGAUUACCCAAAGGCGCAUCACGGCAGCAAGUCUCACAAGAAACCGCAAAAUAG